AAGCCAAACAAUGUUGCCAGUCAGUCGAUGUAAAGGUAAACAGGUCAAACUCUCGCAGCGUUUUCGGCGCCCCGGCAUUCCUGCUGUCUGAUGUCAUAGCGCUGAAAGACUCCGUGUAUCCUUCCGCCAACGAGGCACUACCUCGCAUUUUACACCGUUUUUUCGAGGCGACGGGUUAAAAAUUAAUCUUCCAUAUAUUUGGUUUGCAUUCCAACAAAAUUACGGGUUAACCUAAGAAUUUCCCAACUGCUGCAGGUCGUACACGUACUAAAACUAUAGAGCCGCGGAUGUAGCCGCGAUACACUUGUUGCUCUUCCAAUCCCAAGAAGCGAAGCACGCUUGGAACUUGAGUGAACUGUUGCGGCAGGAGGCAUGGACAGCUCCGUAAACUCCAGAAACAAACUGCGAGUGAACUUUCUUUAUGUAAUUACGCUAAAUAGCUCAUAAAUAACUAAUUGACCUGGAAGGUGGAACUAUUCAUGGAUGCCUAGUUGGACCAAGCUGCCACUCACGGGUAACGAUUCUCGUGAAAUGAUGAUGAGCCUCAUGACUGGCUGGCAUACCACUCACAUCAUCUUUGGACGGACUACAAAGAUAAUUUUUUGGGACUGAGUGGAGACCUCCCCCUGAAGACGUGUAAGACAUGCCCUUGCCAUUUGGCUUGAAACUCAAAAGGACACGAAGGUAUACGGUUUCAAGCAAGAGCUGUCUGGUCACUCGGAUUCAGCUGCUGAAUGGGGAGUUUAUUGAGUUUACACUUUCAGUGGAGAGCACUGGGCAGGAAUGUUUGGAGGCAGUUGCUCAGAGACUCGAGUUGAGAGAGAUAACGUACUUCAGCUUGUGGCACUUAAACAAACAGAACCAGCAGAGAUGGAUCGAUUUGGAGAAGCCACUGAAAAAACAGCUGGACAAAUACGGGCUGGAGCCAACUGUUUACUUUGGAGUUGUCUUUUAUGUCCCCAAUGUCACCCAACUGCAACAGGAGAUCACAAGAUAUCAGUAUUACCUACAGCUGAAGAAAGACGUUCUGGAUGGCAAGAUCUCCUGCUCACUUGAACAAGCCAUUCACUUAGCUAGUCUUGCGGUGCAAGCUGACUUUGGAGACUUCAGUCAUUAUGAUGCGCAGGAUUUUCUUCAGAAGUUUGUGCUGUUCCCUAUUGGCUGGAUCCAGGAUGAGCGAGUCCUUGAAGAGGCCACUCAGAAAGUGGCCAUUCUUUAUCAGUCUUACAGGGGCUUGUCAGCCCCAGAGGCAGAGAUGUUGUACAUGCAGGAGGUGGAAAAAAUGGAAGGCUAUGGCCAAGAAUGUUAUCAAGCUAAGGACGGUACAGGCUCAGAUGUUACAUUGGGAGCUUGCCUUGAUGGAAUUUUUGUCGAACACAAAAAUGGAAGACCUCUUCUGUUAUUUAGGUGGAAUGAAAUUAACAACAUGAGUCACAACAGGUCUUUCUUUGCUCUGGAGCUCACCAACAGAGAGGAAAGUGUUCACUUUCAGACCGAAGACAUGGAAACAGCCAAAUAUCUGUGCCGUAUAUGUCUGGCUCGACUCAAGUUCUAUAAGAUUAACACGAGUAGCAGCCUAGAGGACUGUGACCCCCUGCCUUCUGUGGGCUCCCAGAAGUCCCUUCUCACUCUGUCCUUUCCUCGCUUUCCAAUGCUCUCUCGUCCCUCUAUGCCUUCUAAUAAGGGCCAGAAUCAACCUGCAGUUGUCAAACCAGUCAGACGAAGAUCUUCUACAAGAUUGUCUCUGCCAAAGCCUCAGGGCUACAUGCUGCCACCUCCACAAAUGCACUACAAUGGACAUUUCACUGAGCCUUACAUGUCAUCACAAGACAACCUAUAUAUGAACAGUCAGAAUGGUUAUUACUACCAUUCUCAGACAAGCCUGGACUGCCCUCCACUUGAGUACAGCAGCGGAGGGCGUUUACGUAAUGGAAGUGUGUACAGUGCUCAUAGCACCAGCUCUCUGACCAAUCCCCAGCACUACCUUCAGCCCUCACCCAUGUCCUCCAACCCUUCUAUCACUGGCAGCGAUAUCAUCCGACUGGAUUAUGUCCCCUCACAUCGCCACAGUGCCCUCAUCCCGCCCUCCUACCGCGCCACUCCUGAUUAUGAGACAGUGAUGCGUCAGAAGAGCCGUGCAAUAGGAGGAGGGAUGGUUUUAUCUCCAGAGCACCGGCAGAGUCACUCCAUGAGGAACCUCAACAUUGGAAACUCAUACGCCUACAGCAGACCGGACCCUCUAGUUUACAGCCAGCCAGAGAUCAGAGCAGAGUAUGGCAGCGGCAUUCAGCACCAUCAUUAUCCUUUCCAUCUCGGUUCCAGCUUCCACAGCCCGUCCUUGCAUCCUUACCCAACAGAGAAGAGGUCUGUGGUGGGGGCAGUCAGUGUCCCAGAGCUUACAAAUGUCCAGUUACAGCAGGCGCAGGACUAUCCAGCUCCAAAUAUCAUGAGAACACAGGUGUACCGGCCACCUCCACCCUACCCAUAUGCCUGCCCUCGCCCUGCAAACAGCACACCUGACCUGUCACGCCACUUGUACGUCAGUAGCAGUAACCCCGACCUGAUCAUCACACGGCGUGUGCACCACUCUGUCCAGACCUUUCAGGAGGACAGUCUGCCUGUUGCACACUCUUUACAAGAGGUGUCAGAACCUCUUUUCAGUGGCCUCCAAUACAGACACCCAUACCAUGACCAAAAACGCAAUUCCAUUGAGAUUGCUGGGUUAGCGCAGAGUCUGGAGGGGAUGAGGAUUAAAGAGAGAACAGUGUCUUCUGCAGCUGAAACUGCCACGCCAGCUUUGGCUUUGCACAGGGAUUGUGCUUAUGGUUCUCAUUGCAACGUGUUCUUAGAACAUACCAAUGUAGAAGAUAGCAAUGACAUGAAAAACAACAUGCAGUACGGCCACAAGAAAUCACUUUCGGAUGCCACCAUGCUGGUCCACAGCAGUAGUGAAGAAGAGGAGUUUGGGGAUGAUGGUGGGCGGCACACACCGCUGUCUCAGGACGCAGCUGUUGUUCUGGACCAUCAGCCACAGCAACAUCAGAACUUGGCAUGUCUUUCUUCUCUGGCGCCUCAGCAGCACACUCCCAAAGAACCACCUCCUGCAUAUCCCAUAGGUUCCUCAAUUGACCCCUCUAUCACAGGAUAUUUGAGCUAUAAGCCUCAUCCGCGAAUGCAGGAAGUAGAGCCUGUGUACCUGCUGUCAGACCCACGGCACCCCAGGAUUAUGCCAUCUGUGUCAGAGGGGGACCUGAGUGGGCAGAACAAACAGAAAUUGAAGAAGGAUUUCAAGAAGAGACCUGUGUCUGAUCUGCCAGCUGGAAGGAAAACAGUAGAAGGUUUACCCCCUGUGGGGCUGAAAAGAGGGCCGAGGUCAGAGGUGAAGAAGAUGGGCCCACUGAAGAUGGCAGAGCUCAACGGCCUGUCACAGUCCAGGCUCCCGAUGCACCGCGAGGGCAAAGAGGAGCCUGAGAGAGCCUCUAACGACGAGCGGUGUAGAGUGCUGCAGCAACAUGUGGAUCAGGGCAUGGUGUUCACGGAAUACGAGCAGAUCCCAAAGCGCCGGCCAGCCGGCGAUUGCACAAUUGCUCUACUGCCAGACAACGCCGAGAGAAACCGCUUCCAAGAUGUGAUGCCCUAUGAUGAUACACGAGUGGAGCUGGUCCCCACUAAAGAGAACAACACAGGCUACAUCAAUGCAUCACAUAUCAAAGAAAUAGUUGGUGGACAGGAGUGGAAUUACAUUGCGACACAGGGUCCCUUAAUGAACACCUGUCAGGACUUCUGGCAGAUGGUGUGGGAGCAGGGCGUGUCCAUCAUUGCCAUGGUGACUGCUGAGGAGGAGAAUGGACGAGAAAAGAGCUUUCGGUACUGGCCCCGUCUCGGUUCUCGACAUAACUCUGUGACAUACGGUCGCAUCAAGAUCACUGCCUGGUUCCGUGCAGAAUCUGGCUGCUACACCACGACUGGGCUCAAGAUCAAACACUUAACCUCACCAGAGAGGACUGUGUGGCACCUGCAGUAUACAGAUUGGCCGGACCAUGGCUGUCCUGAGGACUUCAAAGGCUUCCUUACAUACCUGGAGGAGAUUCAGUCUGUGAGGAGACACACAAACAGCACCAGUGAGCCAACAAAUACCAACUUUCCUGUACUGGUCCAUUGUAGCGCCGGUGUGGGUCGGACUGGAGUGGUCAUCCUGUCUGAGCUCAUGAUUGCCUGCCUGGAGCACAAUGAGAUGCUGGAUGUUCAGACGGUUUUGGCGAGGCUUCGUCAGCAGAGGAUGAUGAUGGUUCAGACCGUGGCUCAGUAUCACUUCGUCUACAAGGUCCUGAUCCAGUACCUCCGGAACUCCAGGCUGAUAUGAUCACAGGAAGGUGUCCUGCAUAUCUUCAUCUUCUGGUGUACACAAGUCAUUGUGGAUCAGUCGAAGUUUACAGCAAGCCGCGCUGACGCAACACAGCAGAUUGGCUUCAGGUGGUUUUUAAAGGACCCUGGUUUGUUUCACUUGUAAGUUAUUAAACUAGGAAAGGCUGAUGGGAGGAUGUGUAAAAGAAGAAGCAAAGCUAUAUGAAGGUGCACAGAGAGAGCUGACCUGCCUUUAAACAGUAUUUAGGCAUGGGCCAGUUACCGGUUUCAUUGUAUACUGCAGCUUGAAAGCUCCCAUACAUUUUCUGUUCCACAGUAUGAGUGCCAUAAACACACCUGACAUUCUUCUACAUUCAACAUGCACUGAGCUUUGUGUGACUAAAACCGGUAUGUCACGGCCAAAGGAGCAUAGGAAAUGUUCUGUAAAAUACCAGAGUCAGGAAGCAAAUGCUUGAGUCACGAAUGUGAGAGUGAACUUUGUGUUUUUUAAUCCCCGAAAAUGCAACACAAAGGGCGUGGUGCUUGAUGUUACUUUGAUUCACUCUGCCAGUCCGUAUAAUCAGCAACUUUAACAGUUGCAAACUGCAGGUAUGCAGAAAGAGAAUGAAGUGUCCAUGAAGGUGUGCAAUACUGUUAAUACCGUGUACUACAGUGUUUUUGCUUAAGGUGUUUUCCCUGGCCCAUGCCUAACAGUAUUAUGUUUAUAUAUAACAUAUUAUAGCUUAAAUAAGCUCAGCACUUUUGCUGUACAUAAUGAACCAACAUUAAGCUGCUUUUAAAGUCUCAGAUAAAAAUAAGAAACAACUGAUGUGUUUUUAAAAUGACUUUUAAAACUGCUUUGUUACAGUUCUGUGAUUGAAGGACUGCUUGUAUUAAUGAAGGCAGAAAACUGAAAUGGAGCCCCAAAUCUAGUCAGUUUUUUUUUUAACCAUCCGCAACGGUACUAAAGACAAAGGUGACCCCGCCUUCGUUCUAAUCAAAAUAUAUUUUUAUCUUAAAUUCUGCAGGAUGCUGUGCUCUCAUUUAGUGCAGCACUGUUUAUUUUUGGAGCAAAUAUUUAAAAAAUGAUCUCUUGAGUUUGACUGAGGCUUUCCACUAUUCCAACAACUCUGCCCCACCCCAACCACUGAAAGAAUGAUUGUGUAAAAGUUCCAGAGUAUUUUCAGCUUCUCCCUUGUUUGACGUGGGGUCACGGCAGCAGAGUCGAGGUACUCUGUGUGUUGAUUUGGCUCACGUUUUACGCUGAAUGCCCUUCCUGACAACUCCACAUCACAUGGACAAUGGGGACAGGUGGCUUUGAACCAGGAACCUUCCAUUCUGGACACAAGCACACUUAAGCACUUGUCUACCAGCCCCACCCCCAACCACACCACUUUAGCUCCAGAAUCAAACUGGAAAAUUGAUUUUAUACACUUUUGCAUCAGAACUGUUGACAUACUGAACUUUGCUUGCUGUUAUGUGCGAGAACAAUUAUAUUUUGGAAUAAUAAAGUGCCUAAAUAUCUACUGUGUAAACAUAAAAAUAUUUUGAAGGAUUUUUUUUUUUUGUAACUGGCUCUUUGUUAGUAGUGAUGAUAAAAAAUAAUCAGCAUGUGAAGACAAACAAUCUGUAAAAAUGAGCUCAGUUCUCUGAAAUCACCUGAAUGUUGAGGCUUUAUUACAAAUCAAAGCUAAUCUGAACAUAUUGUGAACGUCCAGCUGGCAGCCUCGACUUUGAGCGUCUCAGGGACUGAUCGUCCAGCCAGACGAUCACAUCUAACUGAAGCACAGUUGUUUUCCUUCUGCACCAAACACAAACACCCAUGUGAUUAAAGUAAGGAGUCAAAUUUUUGACACCACAAACUUUUAAUGUCAAAACGAACAUGAUUCAGCACAAGGUUCUUUUACUAAACAAAACAAAACAAAAAUUUUAUGUGAUAAACGGGAGGGGGAAAAAAAAAAUCCACCUAAUCUUAUAUAAAUCCAGAUCAUGACUGGAUUAUUUUUAAUCCUACAGAUUAGCUCCAGGUUUUAAAACACUGAUAAGAGUCUUAGUGUGGAGACUGAAAGGAGUUUGUGGCCAAGGGGCAACUGUUUUGUCCAUGUACAGAUUUAUUGUUCAUAAUGUACACAAUGUAAAAAUAUUGAUUAUUGUAUAAACUGAACAGAAAUGGUAUGGCAUGGAGGGGAGGGGGGGCCCUUUUCAGUUAAUAAAUAUUUGGAAGAUAUUUUGACUCCAGUGAAUUCAUUAUCGCUUUUACUUACCACUUUAAAUUAGUUCAUUGAGCCCCCUGGUGGUGGAAGUCAGUCAGCGGUGUCUCAAAUUUUCAAGUUACAGAAUAAAUGCA